GUGGUUUGUGGUUUCUCUCAGAAUCAGCUCAGUGUUGUAGAGGAGCUGCUGGAGUUAGAGAGGAGAGAAGUGAAGCUGUAAGCUACAGUAACUCUGACUGUCUUAUGGUCUCCAGACUCUGUAAUCAGUUCUUUCAUGCAUCAUAUGUUUCAGGAGCUUUUGGAACAGAGUGGAGUGUGAAGUACAACCAACAGGAAAUAUGUGCUUUAAAAGGAUCCACAGUUUUUAUGAAUGGAACUUAUACUCAUCCAGAGCGUCUUACAGUGACAGAGACUUUUUGGGGCAUAGAUCUAGUUCAGGGUGUGGAGCCGACUGAUUUGUCUGAAGACCCAGAUUAUUCAGGCAGAGUUGAGUGUUUAACUGAUGAACAGAAACACUUCUCCCUCAAACUGAGUGAUGUAAUAAGGAAGGAUGAACAUCAGUACUGUUUCAGAAUCAUAACAAAUGAAGAAAAAGAAAAAUGGGCAGCUACACCUGGAGUUCAGCUCAGAGUUACAGAGCUCCAUGUAGAAACUCCUGAAGAAGUGACAGAGGGAGAAACAGCAGAUCUGACAUGUAAAACCACCUGCAGUCUGACUGGCCCAACAUUCAUCUGGUACAAAAAUGGACGUCCUUUAACCACAAAGACCAUCAAGAACAACCAGCUCCACCUGCAGACAGUCAGCAGUGAGGAUGCAGGCAGUUAUAGCUGUGCUGUAAGAGGAUAUCAACAUCUCCACUCUACUGCUCACAACCUCAAUGUUCGACAUCCUCCAAAGAACGUUUCAGUGUCCAUCAGCCCCUCUGGUGAAAUAGUGGAGGGCAGUUCAGUGACUCUGACCUGCAGCAGUGAUGGAAACCCACCUGUGAAGAUCUACACCUGGUUUAAAGAAGGUGGAACCUCACCUGUAGGAUCUGGACAGAAUUACAGCAUCAUCAGCACCACUGCUGACCACACUGGACUGCAUUACUGUGUAGCUCAGAAUGAACAUGGACCUCAGAAUGGAACUGUGAUGGUCACUGUUAAGAGUAGGUAGUGAAUAAUAAGAGAAAUGCUAAUUUCAGUGUGCACAUUUAAAAUAAUGACAGAUGAAAUUGAUAUAAUUGAUCUUUUCUGCAGGUCAGAGUUUUUCUGCAGUUUGGAUUGCAGUGGGAGGAGGAAGCUUUGUUCUCAUCAUCAUCUUAAUCUGCAUCUACAGGUGAGUAAAUUUUAGCAUACGUUUUUCUUUGGUGUGAGAAAAUGACUUGUUUGGGGUUGUAACAAUGCAUUAACAGAUAAAAAGGAU